GGUGGGGAACGGUAGUUUUUGCGAACUGUUUGUCACACGCUUCUUCAACGGUUAAAAACAACACCGAAGCGGCGCUACGGAGCUCAGUGUAUCUUAAGUGAUUGCCACGUUCUGUUGGAGUGGUGCGAUUGAUCGUAGCGCAGCACAGAUAUAGCCACUUGUUGCAAGUUGCGAAUCGCGGGAAUCAGCCGUUCGGAAGCAGCGAGCGAGACGCUGCACAUACACCGCAAUUAGAGGCUGUUCUGAAAGUCUAGCCCUGUACCGCUGGGCCCCAUAGUCAUUUGAAUUCGUGUAGGCUCCUUCUUGUGCCUGGGAACAGCACGUCUCCGUGCUCUGUUCUUCAAUUGUGCUUUCUACCCGGUGAAGCAAGAGGCGAAGGCCCAGUAGAUUACAGUUGACCUUUCACCUCGUCCGUGUUGCUAAUCGAGCCCGCACGAAGGCCGCUCCCUACCCUAGCGCUGAUAACCAACUCCCCAUGCCAUGGGGUUGACUAUCGGUUUCUGAUAAGCCUUCGACCACCCUAGCGUGUGCUCGAGAGAGAGUGUUUGGCUGGUUUGUGUGUCCAUAUUACAUAUACUUCGGUCCGUUCGGUGUGUAGUGAUACUGUUUCUGGUGCCUACAUAGCUCUUGCCACUACAAGACUAUCGCUGUGACCCUCCUGCUUCUUCAUCCCCUCAUCGUCGUCGACCACCAGAGCAGUGCCAGUCACCGUGACGCGGCGAACGCUCUUGAAAUCACUAUCGACGGAACGAAGACGCCGGAUAGCGCGACCCGCUAAUCCAGGGAAUUUACUCAGCUGGCAGGGGCGCGAAGGCUUUUCGUUGCAACAAUAAACGCAACCGCUGGUUGCUUGUAGGCGAUCAGUCGGUCAACGCUGCCCUUGUGUUUCGCCACGCCUGGUAAUCGCGGGUGAACUCUUGUAGUAGCUUUGCUCUGCUCUGCUCUGAUCUCCGCUCCACCGCGGUCAUCCAGCUCGAUCAAUCGCCACCCAACACCGUCCUCCAGCAAUCAAUCGGCGAUUCUUGGCUUUUACAAUACUGGAAAAGCUUGUAAAAUGCCGCAACAAGACAACGGUACACCAAAUGCCGGCGUGAAGAUGUACAAUGUGGUGAUUCUCAUCAUCGACAUCGUCGUAAUGUUGAUACGAUGGAUCUACUAUAUGCUCGAAUCGCUGUUUCGCUCUGUGGUGCCUCCACCAGCUGAAAGCGUUCACAAUGAUGUCGUGCUCAUUACUGGUGCCGGCCACGGCAUGGGCAAGUGCAUGGCCCUACAGUAUGCCGAGCUCGGCGCAACCGUCGUGUGCCUGGACAUUAACGAGCACAUGAAUGCAGACACGGUAGCCACCAUACGGCAGCAGCGCGGGAAUGCUUUCGGAUUUGUAUGCGAUGUAACUAACCAUCAGCAGAUUAUGGAAACCGCGGAGAAGGUGAAACAAGAGGUAGGUACCGUGACGAUUCUGGUGAACAAUGCUGGCAUCAUGCCCACCCACCCACUGCUACAGCAGACUGAAGGCGAAAUUCGCAAAACGUUUGAAAUCAACGUCAUGGCGCACUUCUGGCUUCUGCAAAGCUUUCUGCCGGGCAUGAUCGAAAAGAAUCGUGGCUUCAUCGUGGCAUUGUCAUCGGUAGCCGGAUUGUGCGGGUUGAACAACCUCGUCCCGUACUGUGGCAGCAAGUUUGCCGUUCGUGGUAUCAUGGAAGCACUGGCGGAGGAAUUGCGGCAGGAUGCCCGAAAACCCAACAUCCGCUUCACAACUGUCUACCCGUACAUGGUGGACACGGGACUCUGCAAGAAGCCCCGCAUGCGCUUUCCCAACUUGAUGCGCCUGGUUAAGCCAGCAGAGGCGGCGGCCGCAAUUAUUGAAGGACAGCGACGCGGUCUGGAGGAGGUAUCCAUCCCAAAGUAUCUUUUGUAUCUCAACACCACCAUUCGGCUGUUCCCAUUGAAGGUGGGCACACUGCUCCGCGACUUUCUAGACACCGGGGUGGAGUCCGAUCUGUAGAGCAACAAGAUAGGGAGACCGGUACCGUACAGAUUAUGUUUAGCCCUCACGCACUUUAAUACUUUACGGAUGGUUUGAAGUUAUGCUAGAAACGCAAAAUCAGCGAUUCGAUUUAUGAAUAAAAAAAAACAAAAAUCAACCCAUGA